UGUGNUACUGAAGUCCUGAAGCGGUAUCCACAUAUUGUCAAGAAAAACAAGAACAUAAAGCUCAAAAUUUUGGCAAAGAACAACAGCAACAGCCCUCCACCACCUAAUGAAAAAGGACAAACAUGCAAAACAUCAGCUUCUGCAGUGAGAGUCCAAGUGACAAAUGUAAAUGAAGAAAAAACUCAAAUUCAGAAAUCCAUAAUCGAUAAAAAAGACGGUCCGUGGAGCUGUAACAAGUGCAGCACCCCUUCAGAACCUUGCGAAUUUGUCCUGUACUAUUUAUACCGGAAACACAUGACCGAUUUGCAUAAUGAAAAAUUUGAUCCCCGCUUAUGUAAAUAUUGUGGGCACAAAUACAGUAAAUAUGAUUUGCUGCUGUAUCAUCAGUAUACAAAACACGGCAUCAAACCACCUUCAUCUCACGACUUUCCCAAAUGCAAUCAGUGCCCGUAUAUCGCUAUAACUGAAAACUAUUUGGCGAAACAUCAAAUGAAUCACACCAAGUUUGACGUACAAUGUCCUGAAUGCAAAGUGACCUUCAGUAGCCGUCAUAAUUUUAAUGCGCACGUGAGGAUCACAGGACAUACGGGGAAGUCCGACAGCGUUAGUUACGAUUGUCAAUAUUGCAUCAAAAAGUUCCAGAAUGAUUCGACUUUGUUCUCGCAUAUAAAAAUGCUUCAUCGUGACGAAGCUAUACGAGAUGGCGUGGUCAGCGUUAAUGAAGAAGAUUCCUUCGAAGACAUGGAAGACGAGGAUGUUGAAGCAUUGUUUAAUGACCAACCGCAAGAAGAACAACAGCAACAACACCAAAUCGACGAUAAAGAUGUAGAAGAAGAGGAGUUUAUCACUGAGGAGUACAUUACUCCUGAUGAUGUACAUCCCGUGAAAAAAGACAAGAUAAAAAUACUGUCGAAUGUAAAGGUAGACGGAAAACAGGCUCAUGUUGCGGAUCAACAACAGACAAUAACAUUACAAGGACACGAUACAGAAACUGAAACGCUGACUAAUGUUGCCGGUGGAAUCGCUACUAGUUUAGGUCUCGUGGAUAUUGUUGUUUUGGAUGACAAUCAACAAUACAUCCUACACUCGAAUGAUCAACAUUUAACAGCAGCCGCAACAACCCACAAUUCCAACCAGACCCAACCCGAGUUUAUUAUACCAGGUCUUACGGACACACACACAUUCUGCACUACACAAGCUGGUAAUAACCACAAUGCCAUCAUAAGCCAGACCAUGCUAAGCAAUUCCGACAUUGCAUCUACAGACGAACUGGUUAUGGUUCUCACGGACCAUGAUUACGGGGAUGGAAACCAAGAAUCCGUCAGCGGGGACAAUUCAAACAUUGUGGUUCUCUAUUCUCAUCCAGCUGUUGGAAACGAGGGACAAAUUAUAACCACCACACAAGGCAAUAUAAUGAUUAACUCAGAAACUGGAGUUUUUGAAUUACGAAACCCCGAAAAUUUUGUCCCUAUUUCUGAAAAUUCCGUUUUAAUGGGAAAUGGAACCCAAACUGCAAAUUCCCAGAUUGAAUCGAUUGAAAUGAUUCAACGAGAAAUCGAUUCUCACAGGAAAGAAGACCAGAAAGUCGUUACAACUGAAGUAGACAAACCGAUAGAAACGUCAUCACAACCAAUCUUUAUGCAAGAAGACAUUAUUAUCCAAACAAACAGCCAAAUGCCCCGGUCAGAGAUUGAAAUACAGGGCCAAGUCGAACCUGAUCGGGAAAUAGAACAAAUCCAAGUUGAAGCAGAAGCAACAGAAAAACCAACCGAAGAAAAGUCAGAAUCUAAGAUAGAAAUACCAACUGACGACAAUAGAAUGGUGGAGGAGACAAUCCAUAUGGAAGAAGCUGGGGAAAACGAAGAUAAAGAAGAUAGUUUCCUUGAAGAUCCCACAAAUGAAAGUCUUUCCGAUGCUCCUAUGCUAACACAACAAGAAUGUUUUUCAUCACCACAUCCAAUCCAUUGUGAAGAUCAACAGCAACUAAUAAACGACGAAGAAAUUAGUAGUGAAGAACCAAAAGAAGUUUCUGAAGAAAUAGCAAAUGAGUCACUUGACCAAGUACCUAAAGACGAAAACAAAGAGAAAGAGCAUAAUGAACUUAUCCAUGAACAAAUACAACUAAACUACGAAAACUUAGAAUCGUGCAUUACUGAAAAACCCCCCGAAAAUGUUGUAGAUGAUGAAAGUGUAAAAACAGAUCACAACGAUGAAGAAGCUGGUCAACAAAGCAAACCAACAGAAAAAGAAUAUUUAACAGAAGUAAUUAUUGAAAGUCCUCAUAACUCUUUUGGGGACCCUCAAAAUCAUAACAACGUUAAUGAACAACAAAUUCAACAAGAGAUUGUUGAAGAAAACAUUGCCGCAGAUAUUGAAGAAACACGAGAAUUAUCUCAGAAUGAUCGUGUUGCUGAAAAUCAAAAAGAAAAUAAUGUGUUAAAUGUGGCACCUGUUGAUUCAGAAUCAGAAGUUUCCCAGUCGUAUUCCGAAAAGGAAACGGAAGUAAAAAAGGAAAAAUCAUCAUCAGCUAAAAUUAUCCUUGACGAAUGGGAAGAUACCGACUCUCAGCAAUCAGGAAAUACUGAAAGUAAAAAUUCGAACACAAAUGAAGUCCACUUACCAAAAAAGUCAGAUUCAAUAUAA